AUGGCAGAAAGUGCAAGGGGCCUUCAAGUUCUUGUUGACAGAGUACAGGACAGUAGCUGUAACCUUGGAUUAAAGAUCAACAUUGCUAAAACAGAAGUCCAGGCUAUCAGCAAGAAGAAGAUCGACCUGUACAUCACCAUAGGCGGAACACAACUUAAACAAGUUGAAGAAUUCACAUACCUGGGAGGCAAAAUCUCAGAGAGCGGAACAUGCACCAAAGACAUACAACAUAGAAUUGGCAAAGCACUGGGGGCCGUACAGGUAUUACACAACAUAUGGAGAUCAAAAGAAAUCACCAACCCAACAAAAGUAGAACUCUAUAAGGUCCUCAUCCAGUCAAUAUUGCUUUAUGGUGCAGAGACCUGGACACUUAAAAAGGUGGACGAAAACCGACUGCUGACAUUUGAGAUGAUGUGCCUACGCAAGAUCUUAGGAGUCACUCGACUGGACAAAAUCAGGAACACCUCAAUACGACAAACCCUAGGAGUUAAGAACACUAUUACUGAGCUAGUAGCCAAAAAAAGGCUACGCUACUUCGGCCAUGUCAAGAGGAUGAGCCCAAUGAGGAACCCACACCUGGUAUUGGGAUCAUAUGUUCAUGGACACCGACCAAGAGGGAGACCAGCCAAGUGUUGGGAGGACUGUGUGAAGUCAGACUGUCAAGUGAGAGGCCUGAGGUCAUUAACAGAAGCCUGCAAUUUAUCCCAAGAUAGGAAGACCUGGCACAACGUCAUGGAUCAGAAGCCAUCACACAGUUCCCAGCUGGUGUGGACGGCUUAA